AUGGCAUUUCCAUGGGCUCAAAGUUGCAAGAGACAGGCGAGCGAGGUUCUGGACAGUGCGCCCAAGAGAACACGGGUCGACCACCAUGUCCAUUGGGGUGUGGCCGCACCCACGGCGGGACCUGAGUUAAUUGCGAACGCGGACCAACAACAGCGAGAACCUCAGGCCCACAAGGUGAGGCACAGAAGGAGCAUGGCGGUCGCGAAUCCAGAUAUCCAAGCCGAGACCGAUGCCGGCUACAAACUUGCGAAAAUGGCCGAGUUCAAGCCUGGCAUGAGCGUUCAGGAAAAGCUGUCAUUAGGAUUUCGUACUGGAUUGCAAAAAAGAGACGAGCACCAGACCAGGAUUCAACAAGAACCAGAGCGUUCGCUGACUGGAUCCCGCAACGAGAUAAUGGCUUUAGGUGGCAUCGAUCUAACCGAUCAUGCCCUCGGGUUGCCAAUCUCUCUGCGACAGGGUGCCGUCGCCUUCGACGCGGAAACUAAGAAAAGGUCCUCUUCUAAUUGGCAGAGAACCUUUGACUCAUCAGUGCAAAGUAUAGGGGCCUGCCGCAGGCUGACGACGGUGAUGCGACCCUAUAUCAGGACUAUUCAUACGAUUCCGGGUCUUAAUGCUCGGCGGCGGGCUGGUCAGAUCAUGAAUGUCGAGUGGCAACACAACUACCACGGCAUGUCAAUGAACAUGAGCUUCAGCGCUUUACAAGCCAGAUCAAUGGAAUUGAACGGAUACCGGAGGCGCACGAUACAGUGCAUACACUUCCAGAGGGAGGAAGUCAUGACACAAAAGCCGUUUCCGGGGCCGCCCCUGGGUGCUGACACGGCGGAGGCCUACGGAGCCAGUUCCAGCACGGAAAUGUUUUUCGGGCAUGAUCAGGAUCACAGACUUUCGUUGGUCGAUUUGUAUAUCACCGACAUCAACGGAGUGAGACGCAGAUGGGUAUGCAUCGAGAUAGCCAAGCCCCUAGUCCAGGUCAAAGGCCCAGUCCCUAUGGAACUGACGCCGAUGCCGCAAUCAUACGUCAAGAUUGCUGCGCCUGGUGACAAGAUCCUGAUAUUGAAGGACACGAGCCAGCCACUGCCUAUCGAGGAAGAGCAACGGGACAAAAAUGAGCCUCCACAGCUCGGCGACUUUGAAAAGCUCUCGAUAUGUGGGCCCAUAGAUGGUCGAGAGGACGUCAAGAUGAGGCUGAGGAUGUGCAGAGACGGUAUGCCGAUUUUUGCAACCGGGUCCAAAAAAGGUCACAUCCCAGGAUCCAGCCGUGUUGAGGACUUUCUCUCUGCGUCAGAAGUAACUGGCCUCCCUUGGAAAGAAACAGACAGACGGGUCCACCAAAAUACAGUCUUGAAGAGAAAGAAUGAGUUCUGGGACCGCUUACGCUCAGCGGCAGAGAUCGACAAGCAGCGAUGGGCUUCACUCCAGGACGCCAUAGCCAGAAAUGACUGCGUCGUAGACAUCACGUUCCAGGGUGAAUGGCAAGAGUUUGCCCCAGUCAUCCAGGCGUCUCAGUCCAUGUGGACACCAGCUUUACCGCCGCUACAACCUGGGACGCCACGCUUACCACACACGAUUCAGCUGCCUGGUCUCAACAAAGUGCCACGCAACAGAUACGAAGGCAAAGUGGUUGGUCCUCGAAGUUCUGGGCUCCGCAACGAAGUCCAUUGGUAG